UACUUCCAUGUAUAUCAUUCUUCACCUUUAUAAGGACUGAAAUUAUAAUAAAUGUUUAAUGUUUACUUGCACAACUAGGUGAUUGUACAAUUGGUGGUUGAGUGGUUCCAAUCUCGGCCUGCGGGGCACAAUGGGAUAGUGUAGUAAUAAAAAAAAAAAAUGGAAAAACAACGUGACUUCAUGGACACCAUGGGUGGUUGGAACUUGGAACUGGGUCAUGGUACAACUUCAAUUUAAUAGUACUAAUAGAAACAAAUGUAUACACUAUAUUUUGCAUGCAUUCCCAUUACUCUUUCAUGAGCUUCUCUCUCUUCUCUGCUUUUCUUCUUUCAAUUCUUGACUCCUCUUCUCCCCUCAAAGAUCAAUUCGUAGUCACUCAGAGUCAGGCAGUCUUAGGCAAUCGAGAGAGGAAAGAUGCUGACGAAGCAAGAAGAGCUAGUGGAGGAGGAAGAAAGAACACUUCAAGGGCAAGCAGAGAUUUGGAAGAUAAUGCUUAGCUUUGCAGAAUCCAUGGCCCUAAAAUGUGCGGUUGAGCUACGGAUAGCCGAUAUCAUCAACUCCCACGGCCAUCCCAUUACCUUGUUGGAGAUCGCCGCCAGCCUCGACUCUCCUUCUCCAGACGUCGACUACCUAGCACGAAUCAUGAGGCUACUGGUGCACAAACGCAUCUUCACCUCAUCACAACCCAUAGCCGACGACGGCUGCAGCAGCAAAGAAGCUGUCUAUGGGCUUACCAACUCCUCCAAAUGGCUCCUAAGGGACUCCUCCGAGUUAAGCCUAGCAGCGAUGGUGCUAAUAGAGAACCAUCCAUCGUUUACGACGUCCUGUCAUUACCUUAAUAAAUGUGUCCAAGAAGGUGGUGUGGCUUUCCCCAGAGCUCACGGUUGCGACGUCUGGGACUUCGCUUUGGCCAACCCAGAGUUCAACAAGCUCUUCAACGAGGGCUUGGCCUGCACUUCAAAGGUUGUUCUCAAGGCUGUGUUGUCGGCAUACGGAGAAGGGUUUGCAGGUAUGGGAUCAGGGUCGGUGGUGGUGGAUGUGGGAGGAGGGACUGGGAUGGCGGUGGCGGAGAUCGUGAAGACUCAUCCUCAUAUAAAGGGAAUCAACUUUGACUUACCACAUGUCAUUGACACUGCACCCCAGUACCCAGGUGUCUCUCACAUCGCAGGGGAUAUGUUUGCCUCCAUUCCUAAAGCUGAUGCUCUCUUCCUCAAGUGGGUACUGCAUGAUUGGAGUGAUGAAAACUGCAUCAAUAUUUUGAAGAAUUGCCGAAAAGCGUUGUUAGAAAAAAGUGGAAAGAUUAUAAUUCUUGAAGUGGUGUUGGAGCCAGAAGGUGAAGGCUUAUUUGCUGAAACUGGAUUGGUGUUUGAUUUGCUUAUGAUUUCUCACACUGGUGGUAAAGAAAGGACCAAGAUAGAAUGGAUGAAGUUGUUGGAGGAAGCAGGAUUUCCUCGCUAUAAGAUCAUUCAGAUUCCAGCUCUACCAUCAAUUAUUGAGGCCUACCCAGAGUGAUUUAAUUUCUUGAUAUGCUUUGUCUUCGUACCCUUGGCAAGGAUAUAUAUCGAAUGUGUACAUUGGAAUAAUAAAUCAUGCAUGUGAUCUAUGCUAGAAUUGUCUCUAUCAUUAGAUCUAAAUUGUGUUAGUGAAUAGGGUAAGUGUUUUCUGUCCAAGAGUUAGCAGCCUUGUGCCUGAACACAAGAAUGCCCCCAAGAGGGGCUUGGUGGUCAUUGUGCCCUCUUAUCUGUGGCAUGGGGCAGCUUUCAAAUAAAAAAUUUGUCCUUAGUGAAUAAUUCCAAUCCCCAAAGGUCCAUUGAAUAAGUUGUUUAAUGAUUAUGGAUUAAUAAAUGGAAUCAAUCAAUAGUAGUUGGAUAUGCA